AUGACGGAAUCUGCAUGCGCCGAUGAAAGGUCUUUCAAUGGCAUGAACGGCGAUGAGCUCGACGACGAGCCCCGUGAACAUAUAACGAGACUGAUGUCCAGAAGAAGUUCUAGGAUCUCAGGCCAGGAAAAAGAUGAACUCGAUCCGGAUGUUGUCAGAAGAGUUGAAAGUAUUGCCGAGUCGUUAAAGAGUCGUAAGGCCAAAGAUGGUCCUCAACAAAUGGAUGCAGACCAGGAAUUUGAUGCCGAGGCCAUCUUCAAACUCUUUGUAAGAGAUGCCAAAGAUCAAGGUAUUCACAUAAGGAAAGCAGGCGUUAUUGCGGAAAAUGUGACAGUAACCGCCCCAGAUCUUUCUUCUGCAGAGGGCAAAACUUUCGGGGACAUAUUGAUGUUGCCCAAAACAAUUGCAAAAGGAAUUCGUCAAGCAAGGAACACAAAGCUCCGCGACAUCGUCUCAGAUGUAAACUUGUUGGCACGGCCUGGUGAGAUGGUGCUCGUUUUGGGAAGGCCUGGCGCUGGGUGCUCGACUAUUUUGAAGACUGUUGCAUGCGAAAUCAAGUCUUAUAAAGAGGUUCGAGGAUCAAUAUCCUAUGAUGGAGUUUCUCAGAAAGACAUGAUUAAGAAGUACAAGAGGGACUGCAUCUAUAACGGAGAGAUGGACGUGCAUUUCCCCCACUUGACAGUGCAGCAAACUUUAGAUUUUGCCCUAUCCUGCUCUAUUCCUAGAACGAGGGUAAAUGGUGUGAAGCGGUCUGAAUACAUUGUCGCUAUGAGGGAGUUGUACUCCACAAUUUUUGGUUUAAGACAUACUUACAACACGAAAGUCGGUAAUGACUAUGUUAGAGGUGUCUCCGGUGGAGAGCGUAAGCGUGUAUCUAUUGCUGAAGCAUUGGCCGCAAGGGGAACAAUCUACUGUUGGGAUAAUGCUACAAGAGGACUGGAUGCCUCCACCGCCCUAGAAUACGCACAAGCGAUUAGAAUCAUGACAAAUCUGUUAAAAUCGGUUGCUUUGGUGACCAUUUAUCAAGCAAGUGAAAACAUUUAUGAAACUUUUGAUCGCGUGAGUCUCUUAUAUGACGGCAAACAGAUUUAUUUCGGCUCCACUUCUGACGCAAGAGCAUAUUUCGAGAAAUUAGGGUACAAAUGUCCGUCAAGGCAAUCAACAGCCGAAUUUCUCACGGCGGUCACAGAUCCCAAUGGUCUUCAUGAAUAUUUACCGGGUUUUGAGCACAGUGCUCCGAGAACUGCCUCUGAAUUCGAAAAAGCCUGGAAAAACUCGGAAGAGUUCUCCAAUCUCCUUCAGGAGAUUAGUGAUUACAAGCAACAGAUUUCUGCUGAAAAAACCGAGGCUCUUUUCGACGAAUCGUUAGCGCAAGAAAGAUCCAAAUAUGCGUAUUCAAAAUCCAAGUUCACCAUAUCCUACGCCGAGCAAGUCAGACUGUGCACGAAACGUGGAUUUCAAAGAAUUUAUGGGGAUAUGUCGUAUACCAUAACUAACACUGCGGCGGCAAUAAUUCAGUCGCUAGUGACAGGGUCAUUGUAUUACAAUUUACCCUCAUCUACGAAUGGUGCAUUUUCAAGAGGGGGUGUUUUUUAUUUCGCUAUCCUAUACUCCUCGUUAAUGGGGCUGGCAAAUAUCAAUUUGGAUAGCAGACCCAUUGUACAGAAGCACAACGUUUAUUCGCUUUACUCACCCUCAGCCGAGGCUCUGGCGAGCUCUCUUUCUGCGUUUCCUUUCAGAGCCUUAAGUCUUACGUGCUUUUUUAUCAUUUUAUUCUUUUUAUCAGGUCUAACUAGGGACGCUGGUAGGUUUUUCAUCUCUUAUCUCUUUUUGAUGAUGUGUGCUGAGUCCAUCAAUGGCCUUUUUGAAAUGAUUACUGCAGCCGCGGAUACCAUUGCACAGGCCAAUGCUGUCUCCGGUGUGCUGAUGAUGGCAUUGGUGAUGUAUUCGACCUAUAUGAUUCAGCUUGAGUUUAUGCAUCCAUGGUUUAAAUGGAUAGCCUACUGUCUUCCGAUCAGGUAUACUUUUGAAAGCAUGCUAAAUGCAGAAUUUCAUAAUAGAAAGAUGGCAUGCGGAGGCAGUCUUGUCCCUUCGGGUCCCGGUUACCAGAAUGUGUCUGCUGCUAACCAAGUGUGCGCCUUUGUUGGGUCGCGCCCCGGACAAUCCUGGGUCUUGGGAGAUGAUUACAUUAACGAGCAAUUUGAGUACAGAUACACUCAUGUAUGGAGGAAUCUGGGAUUCAUGUUCGCCUUCGUCUCGUUCUAUCUAUUUGCUAAAGCCGUUUUUACUGAGUUUAAAAGUACAAUGAAGACCGGCGGCGAUACCUUAGUUUACAAGAAGGGAACUAGAAUGAUAGGCGCUAUCCAGGAUGAAGAGGGAGCUACGGGCUCUGACUCGUCGUCUGACGUGAAGAGAAAGGAAGGUUCUUCACCUUCCUACAAUUCCAACUCUUCCAAUAUGUUUGAGGGUUUGAAGAGCAAGGGUGUUUUUACUUGGAAAGAUGUAUGUUACACGAUUCCUUACAAAGGCGGUAGCCGUCGACUUUUGGAUGAGGUAAGCGGUUAUUGUGUCCCAGGAACUCUUACCGCGCUGAUGGGUGAGUCAGGAGCUGGUAAAACUACUCUUCUAAACACCCUGGCUCAGAGAAACAUUGGUAUCAUAACUGGUGAUAUGCUGGUCAACGGAAGGCCUAUUGACGCCAGUUUCGAGAGAAGAACAGGAUACGUACAGCAGCAAGAUCUUCAUGUAAAGGAAAUGACAGUGAGGGAAUCUCUUCAAUUUGCUGCCAGAAUGCGGAGACCUCAAACGGUUCCUGAGGAAGAAAAAAUGUCUUACGUUGAAAGGAUUUUGGAAAUUUUGGACAUGGAAGAAUACGCUGAUGCUCUUGUUGGCGAUAUUGGUUAUGGCCUCAACGUCGAGCAAUUGAAGAAAGUUUCAAUUGGCGUUGAAUUAGCAGCAAAACCUGACCUCCUUUUGUUUUUGGACGAACCAACUUCGGGACUUGAUUCACAAUCAGCGUGGGCAGUGGUUCAAGUGCUGAGAAAGCUUGCUGAAGCCGGACAGUCAAUUCUGUGUACUAUCCACCAGCCCUCAGCGACUCUUUUCGAAGAGUUUGAUAGAUUACUUUUGUUGAAAAAGGGCGGCCAAACGGUGUAUUUCGGGCCAAUUGGUGAUCAUUCGCGCACAUUAUUAAAUUACUUCGAGCGGAAUGGUGCAAGAAAAUGUGACGAGACCGAAAAUCCAGCAGAAUACAUUUUGGAAUCUAUCGGUGCUGGUGCAACAGCAAGUGUAAAGGAAGACUGGCAUGCCAUAUGGAAAUCCUCGGCCGAAUUCAAAACUGCAAAUGAAGAAAUCGACAAAUUGUUGGCAGAAAAUUCGACGGCGGAAGUAGGAGAUUAUAGUCACGGGGAGGGCGAGAGCGAGAAAGUCAGUAAGUAUGCCACUUCUUACUGGUACCAGUUUAAAUGUGUCUGGCAAAGAACAGCAACGGUGUUUUGGCGAGAUGUUAAUUAUUUGAUGUCAAAAUUUAUGCUUUUCACCGUGGGUGGACUAUUCGUUGGUUUCACAUUUUACGACGUUGGAACCAGCUUCACCGGUCUACAGAAUUCGAUGUUCGCUGCAUUCAUAGCCAUUGUUCUUUCAGCCCCUGCAAUGAAUCAAAUUCAGGCACGUGCGAUAGCAUCACGUGAAUUGUUCGAGGUCAGGGAAUCCAAGUCGAACACAUUUCAUUGGGCAUUUCUUCUCAUAGCUCAGUAUUUGAGUGAGAUACCGUACCAUUUUUUCUUUUCUACAGUUUUUUUCGUCUCAUUCUAUUUCCCAUUGAGAACAAACUUCGAAGCAUCCAAAUCUGGCGUUUUUUUCCUCAAUUACUGCAUAACAUUUCAGCUUUACCUUGUUGGACUGGGCUUAACAGUCCUGUACAUGGCUCCUAAUUUGCCUUCCGGUAACGUCCUUCUGAGUCUUUGUCUUUCGUUCCUGAUUUCUUUCUGUGGUGUUGUCCAACCCGCAAGCCUGAUGCCUGGAUUUUGGACCUUCAUGUGGAAAGUUUCUCCAUACACAUAUUUUGUUCAAAAUUUGGUAGGUUUAAUGCUCCAUGAUAAGCCUGUCAGGUGCAAGAAGAGAGAGCUCUCCUAUUUUAACCCUCCAGCCGGAGAAACUUGUGGUUCAUAUUUGAAAAAUUUCUUGGAUCAUGCCACAGGUUAUGUUGCAAAUCCUAACGACACUGAAAAUUGUGGAUACUGCGUCUACAAGGUUGGCGACGAGUACCUGACUAGAAUGGGAUCAAGCUUCAGUAACCUGUGGAGAAACUUUGGAUUCUUUUGGGCUUACAUCGGUUUCAAUAUUUGUGCGAUGCUUGUCGCAUACUACGUUUUCCAUGUGAGCAACUUCUCGGUUUUUGACUUGGGCUUCAUUAAAAAGGCAAAAGCUAGAUUUUCCAAGGAAUAA